GCCACUUACUUCUCUACUCUGUGAAGCUCGGAUGCUUAGAAUGACUCUACUCACACAAAUGCCCCAAAUGAAUGACAAGUAAAACUUUGAGCCCUUGAAUGAUCUCUGGAAGAAUUUUUUCCCCCUCCUUAUUUUGAAAAUGACUGCAACUGUCAAAACUGAUGGCUGCUUCUUUUUAAAGCUUUUAAAACAUGAAUGAACAUGUUGAUAGAGGAAAAAUACCUACAAUUUGAUUUUUAUUUUUUAUGCAUUCUUUUUCUUUUUUUUUUUUUUUUACAUUGAUGCUGAAAUCGACUGACAUUAUUAUGUUUACGAGUGGAAUGUGGUUCCAUUAUAGUCACACUCAAGAAAAAUACUGAGAAUUUUUCCUGAGCAUCCGACGUUGAGGAAACGGCACGAUUGAUUCCUCAUUCUCUUUUCUUGAUUUUUUUUAAAUCAAAACAUUGAGAGGAUUCAUGAAAGUCACGCAAGUGUCCUGUGAAACUUUAUCGAGACGUUCCCUCUCACUGGAGAGGUACCGCAACCGCAAGCGUUGGAGUUGACCGCAUCUCUUCACCGAGGACAAGCAGCGGACUACGGCCGCCUCAAGAUGAGUUGUCAACGAGUCCUCACCUAUCUGCGGAUAUUUGGGACCACAAUGUUUGGUGUUUCACUCCUGGUGGGCAUCUCCACUGCAUACAUCAUGGGCUACCAGUUCUUCACCACAGCCCGCAAUCAUCUGUCCUUUGGACUAUAUGGAGCUAUCUUGGUUGUUCAUCUCAUCAUCCAGAGCCUCUUUGCACUCUUAGAACAUCGAAAUAUGAAGCGGUCCUUAGAGACCCCAAUCAAACUGAAUAAAACUUUAGCACUAUGCAUUGCAGCAUAUCAAGAGGACCCAAACUACUUGAGGAAAUGCCUAGUGUCAGUAAAAAGGCUGACAUACCCUGGAAUCAAAGUCAUCUUGGUUGUAGACGGUAACUCAGAUGACGACCUGUAUAUGAUGGAAAUUUUCAAAGAAAUCAUGGGUUGGGACAAGGUCGCCACCUAUGUUUGGAGGAGUAAUUUUCACAGCAGGGGACCAGAGGAGACGGAUGAGAGCUAUGCUGAGAGCCUUCAGCAAGUCUCAAGACUGGUCCUAAACAACAAGUGUGUGUGUAUCAUGCAGAAGUGGGGUGGAAAGAGAGAAGUCAUGUACACAGCCUUUAAAGCGCUUGGAAGGAGUGUUGACUAUGUCCAGGUGUGUGACUCUGACACAAUGCUGGAUCCAGCAUCAUCUGUGGAGAUGGUGAAGGUUCUCGAAGAAGACUCCAUGGUGGGUGGUGUUGGAGGUGAUGUACAGAUUCUAAACAAAUAUGAGUCGUGGAUCUCCUUCCUGAGCAGCGUACGAUACUGGAUGGCCUUCAACAUUGAACGGGCAUGCCAGUCUUACUUUGGGUGUGUGCAGUGUAUCAGCGGACCUUUAGGAAUGUACCGAAACUCACUCUUGCAUGAGUUCCUUGAGGACUGGUAUAAUCAGACCUUCAUGGGAUCCCACUGCAGUUUUGGGGAUGACCGCCAUCUUACCAACAGAGUUCUGAGUCUUGGGUAUGCAACCAAGUACACGGCACGCUCCAAGUGUCUAACAGAGACACCAAUUACAUACUUGAGGUGGCUCAAUCAGCAGACUAGAUGGAGUAAGUCCUAUUUCCGAGAAUGGCUCUACAACUCCAUGUGGUUCCACAAGCAUCAUCUUUGGAUGACCUAUGAGGCUGUGAUUACUGGGUUCUUCCCCUUUUUUCUCAUUGCCACUGCGAUACAGCUCUUUUACCAAGGUAGACUUUGGAAUAUUUUGUUGUUCCUCCUGAUUGUGCAAGCAGUGGCGUUGAUCAAGUCAACAUUUGCCAGCUGCCUCAGAGGCAACAUUGUCAUGGUGUUUAUGUCCUUUUAUUCUGUACUGUACAUGUCAAGCCUGUUGCCAGCCAAAAUGUUUGCAAUAGCAACAAUCAACAAAUCUGGAUGGGGAACAUCUGGGAGGAAAACCAUAGUGGUGAACUUCAUUGGUCUCAUUCCAAUUUCAGUUUGGUUCACCAUCCUCUUUAUUGGGAUCAUCUACACUACAAUACUCCAGACAAAGAAACCCUUUCCUGACUCAGAAAUGCUCAUUCUAAUUAUUGGGGCGGUGGUCUAUGCCAGUUAUUGGGUGAUACUGUUGACUCUGUAUGCAGUCCUCAUUAACAAGUGUGGUAAAAGGAAGAAGGAAACACACUAUGAUAUGGUGCUGGACGUUUGACUUACUUAGGCUACAAAAGUUAUUUUUUACCACUGAAAGACCUUCUAA